UGGAUGCUUUUAUCCAUACGACCAUCCAUCCAUUUUCGAAAACGCUUCUCCCCUUUCAUACAAUCACUAUAAAUUGGACGACGUUUUGCCUUCAACACGGUCCAAAAUGACAUUAGGGCUUUUCAGUGACACCUUUUACUUCUGUAUGUACCCGGGCAUAAACAUUUUAUAGUCCUCGCGAAUGUGCACAAUCAGUAAUUAACUCAACCGGAAGAGGAAGGACAGAACUUUUUAGCUGGCUUUUCUCAUGAUCACUGCCUCUUCGUUGAAUUGCCAUUCCAUGUUCAUGCACCGGAAGUCUUAUCCUGGCUAUUUUUUUAAAAUUUCCCCCAUUACAGUUUUUAAAACAGCAUCGCGAUGUUUUACGUGAUAUUUAACAAAAAAUACGUGACGGAUACACACUGCAGCGGCAGUUGCAAUGUGAGAUGAUGAGCCUCACUUCAUGUUUUUUUUUUGGACAUUUGUUCAUGAUUGAAGUGCGUUCAUGUUAAAGUGACGUUCUGAGGCAUGGAUGCCCCGAAGAAAUAGCUUUAUGUACUUCGGGGCUAAGUUCGACUGAAAGUUUUGAUCAUUAUUUUUACAAAACACUGAGCAUUAUUAAUUUGGAACAGUAAAAACUGAAGUGCCGUUACCUGCCAAUCAAAUCACGCAAAUUAGGUUAAUGUACUUCAUUACAACCGUUUUCAAUUUACCAAUAUAUGCUUCUUUUAUGAGCUCUUUGCGGGGCAUUGAUUAAAUUGUACUUUUUUACAAUGUCGCUUUAGCGAGAUGACAUCAUUAAGUUGCCGCUUUAUGAACAGAACAUUUCACAAUGAUCACGAGACUUCUUUUAUUCGUGCCUGUUUUGACGUCUUCAAAAUGAGCUUCGGGUCCGUCGCUAUGGUAACAAAAACAUAACCAACGAAGGCUGAUCACCUCGCCUGGAUUUUCUAGUCGGGUGCCGCCUGAUGUUGAUACGCAGAAGAUGUUGCAGUCUAGAAAAACGCGCCUUACUUCGGUGGUCAAUGAAAUGCACCCACCUCGAUUCCUGGACCUACUUGACCCGAGCACGACGGUCCAUCAAAAUAUGCCCCUGGUGGAUGUGGAUGAGUCACUUUUUCAGCCCCACCCUGCUGAGUUAGUUUUCCAGAACUUUACUCCCGCACAGUCUUACAAGCUACCUCUACAGCUGUUCAACAAUGACAAGAUAUCACGGCAUGUCAAGCUGGAGCAUCAGGAGUCCGCUUAUUUCCACGUUGAAGGUCCAAAGGAGGCAAAAACUAAAGUCGCGGCAGGACUGUCGGUGGGCUUCACAGUCUGCUUCACUCCACAGGAGAACAAGGAUUACCACCAUACUCUGUUUUUUGUGACAGAGCGGGAGCACUUUGAGGUGCCGAUCCGCGCCAUUGGCCCAAGAGCCAAUUUGAACUUCCGCGAUGAGUUACAUUUGCCCGUCUGCCUUGUGAAAGCCUCCACGCAGAGGACUCAGCUUGUACGCAACCUUGGAGACCGCAUAGCCAUCUUCAAAUUACAGACACAGAGUCCCUUUUCGGUAACUCCCUUCUCUGGAACUCUUGAUAUUGGUGAAAGCAUGCAAAUCACCGUGGCUUUCAAUCCCAUGACUGCAGGAGACCACCGUCAGGAUCUGUUGCUGCACUAUGAUACUGGUGAAGAUGUCCACAUCAGCCUCCAUGGUUCCUGUGUGGAGCUGAAGCUAAAUCUAAUCCCUGAACACCUUACUUUAGAAAAGACCUACAUAUCUUUGUCCAACACACAUACGGUGUCACUCAGCAAUAGUAGUGAUACCACUCUUAAAUACUGCUGGACAACAUGGUCAAGCCAAUCAGAAGAGAUCCAGGAUUGCGCAGGACUCGAGUUGCAGCAGAAUGUGGCUUCACAUUUGCUUGUUCCUUGCCAGUCUGACCCCACAGCCGAUCAUCGACCGGGCCUCCUCGCUCUUUCAAGAGGAUGCAUUACAGUAGAACCAGCAUUGGGAGAAAUAUGGCCGAAUACCACGGCACGUUUCACUGUUGUCUUCAAACCCGAUGAAGCCAAACUAUACCAAGAAACCAUAUAUUGUGAUGUCACAGGCAAAAAAUCUUGCAUCCCUCUGAUAGUCAAGGGUGAGGGUUUGGGACCGGCAAUGCACAUCAACUGUAACCUAAUGGAAAUGAAAAACAUAUUCAUAGGCCACACUGUCUCUUAUGAGGUGCAGCUGUCCAACAACGGGCUGAUUGAUGCCCCUUUUGAGUUCUCAAGUCCGAGAACCACUUUUGGUCAAUUUUUCUCCUUCACUCCCAAAAAAGGCAUUGUUUGCUCCGGGGCUGGUCAUGUGGUUAAAAUUACCUUCCACAGUAACAUUUUGGGAACUUUCUCUGAGGGCUUACUGUUAAGUGUCACUGGGCAGCCACAACCACUUAUUCUUACCUUCAGGGGCUGUGUUAUUGGGCCCACUUUUCACUUCAGUGUUUCAGAACUCAAUUUUGGAGAUGUUGCCUACGGUUUCCCACAAACAAAAAUGUGUUCCCUCAUUAACACUUCCUUUGUUCCAAUGAGCUUUUCCCUGCGCGUUGUGGGAGACGGAAUAGGCUCUCCCAGUGUGACCAGUGAUCAGCAAGUGUGUGAGUUGUGUAGGAACAACUGGCAAGGCAGUACUGCUCAUGACGGCAGUACUAUGCCUGUUGAGUUCACCGUCAGUCCUGCUUUGGGUUCUGUGCGGGCCAUGGCAGACGUCAGCAUCAAGGUGUCAUUGUGCUCCAACACAGUCAAAGAUUACAGGAUGGCUCUGGUAAUAGAUGUUGAGGGUGUUGGAAAAAAGAUCAUGGCUCUGCCCAUUAUUGCAAGGUGUAUUGUUCCAGAAAUAAUGGUGGAGACCCCACUGGUGGACUUUCAGAAGUGCUUCCUCAAUCAUCCGUAUGAAAAGAAAGUACAUCUAACGAACCAAAGUGCUCUGCCUGUCUGCUAUGGCAUGUUGGAACAGGAAUAUGAGGAGAGCCCUUCGGUAAUAUUUGGGAGUACUUCAUCCAGGGGAGUGAUUCCUCCUCACAGCUCAGCAGAUCUUCCCGUUUUCCUACUGGUGAAGAAUGUUGGAAAGCAUCAUCACACUCUUUACAUUGCUCUGUUUGGCAGCAUUCACCCACCACUGGAGGUUGUCUUGUCAUGCACUGGGCGUGGUCCAAUAGUUCUCCUUCAGUGUCAGAAUCAGCAUCUAGAGUUUGGCAAAAUACCUGUUCUGACAGACGUGACUAAAACUAUUCCCCUGUCCAACCAGUCACCUAUUCCAGCAUGCUUCACAGCACGCAUGAGCCAAGGAAAGUCCCCAUGGCAUGUUGAACCCAGCGAAGGAGAAGUGCCACCACAAGGCCAACUGGAGCUCAAGGUUGUGGCGAAUCUAAAAGAUACACUUUUGUUUCAUGACAAACUUGAGAUUUCCAUCCAAGGUAGUCAAACCCUCACCGUUGCCCUGUCUGCAACGGGCACAGGCACCACGAUUGUCAGUGACAAACCCUUAUUUCCAAAUCUCGACCUUGGCACACACUUCAGCCAUGGAUCGUGCGACUACUAUUUCAAGGUGACCAACUAUGGCCAACGAGUACACCGACUUUAUUGGAAGAUCGAGUGCUCAUCUGGUCGGACUUUCCUACCCUCCAUCUCAGCUGUAAAAAAGAGGGAUUCCGUUACCACUGGGUGGUGGUCAUCCCCAACUGAAGACAGACCAGUAUUCAGCAUCAGCCCGACGCGUAUAGAACUUUUCCCGGGUGGCUCGGUUGACAUGACACUGAAGGGAUCUUCAGACUACCCCAAGGUUGUGAGAGAGACUCUUGUCUGCUGUGGCAUUGUCGGUCAUCAGGGGAUUAAGGAACAUAUAUUUUCGGUGGAGGUGACAUGCCAGUUUGUGACCCCCAUACUCAGCAUGUCUUCCCAGAAACUGAAUUUCUACAUAGAAAAGCUCCCGGGUGUAGAUCUCACCCAACUCUAUGAGGAGCUGGUUUUAAAGAACGUCUCAUCUCUGUCUCUAUCUAUGGAGCUCUCACUCGCUACUCCUUUCUCCCUGUGCGAGGCCCGAGGAGUCCUGAGUACUGCUAACAUUAAAAACAUAGCAUUAGUUCAAGGGGAAGAAACUCACUUGUGGAUAUGUUUUGAUCCAACUUGCUUCCAUGGUCAGCUGUCACAAGUGGUGGAUCAGACCCUCAAUAUUUGCUACAAAGGACACCCACAACAGGACAAGGUGGAAAUGCAUGCUGAAGUCCAUUAUCCCAACCUCCAUUUUUCCUCCACCACAGUGGAUUUUGGCAGCGUCCUCAAUUCCACAGAAAAUCACCAGGAAGUCACCAUGACAAACUGUUCCCCACUACCGGUAUUUUACCACUGGGCCUGUUUGGUGGAUCAUACACAUUGUGUCGUCAGGUCUUCUGACCCCUCUGUACCUGCUCUCAGCGAUGAAGGUAUUAUCCCAGACCCGGACGUCUCACAAUGCUCUGUGUGUGUGCAAGAGAUUUUUGAUGUAUUGCCAAUGCAUGGACAUCUGAAACCCGGCGAGCAGCAGUUGGUCACGUUCAUCUUCCACGCCCAGGACUUUGUUACCCGAGAGGUGGUCGCACAGUGCCAAGUAGAACAUGGACCGAUAUAUAAUAUUGAACUCAGAGGGGAAGCAUCAGAGAUCAGCUUCAUUCUGGAUUCAACUACCGUCGACUUUGGCCUACAGCGUUUUGAUCAAAUUGGCGAAUCAACUCUAAUUCUGAGGAACACUGGAAAAGUUGGCUUUAAAUUCGCUACUGAAAAGCCACAAAAGAAGAAGACCACGGUGGAACAAGAGAAGCAAGAUACCACGCUGGAAAUUGAGGAUGAGCAGAACGAGGAAAUCCGACCUGGUCAACCAAAGGUCAUUCCGGCUAAGGGUUACAUUGACGCCGGCUCGAAAUAUUGUUUGCGUGUACUCUACCUUCCUGGCAUCCCUGAGAAGUUUGAAAAGCAGUUUCAACUGGAUGUGGCUCACUUACCACCACAGAUUAUCACACUCACAGGCGAGGGAGUGUUCCCAAAGAUCUCCCUGAAUUUGCCUCGCAGCCUGGCUAAGGAGAGCCACAGUGAUGUACUUGACCAGGCCAGAAAAACAGUCAAAAUGGAAGGUACCAGUGCCCUUGAUUAUGAACAGUUGCUUCUUUUGGAAAUUGAGAAAUUGCUGGUCACAGAAAAUGCUUUGGCUGUCAGCAAAAGGCUUCUGGAGGUGGGGAACUCCCAAGGUUCCACAAAAAAAUGGAACAAACUCAGCAAGUUCCUCCUCCCAGAGUACGUUCUGGAUUUUGGUUAUGUUGUUCCGAGCCAAGUCCUCAAACAAACUGUUAAGAUUACCAAUAAUGGGCCAUUACCAGUGUCCUUCCAUGCCAACUCCAAAGUCACUGCAGGUUUCAAAGUUGAAUUUGGUAGUGUAAGGAACCUUUCCUGUGGCGAGAAAGAGACUUUCACCGUUGAAUUUGAUUCCCAAAAGGGCAGCCUGUCGUUGGGGAUUAGAAGUGCUAUCAUUCCAAUUCAGGUCAUAGGUGGUCCAUCAGUGCAAGUGCGUCUUUGUGCAGUGGUGACUGUGCCGUCAAUCUCUGUUUCCUCAGACACACUGCAGUUUGACAUUGUGCGGUGUGGAUUGUGUAAGAUUCAAACAAUGCAGCUAUUUAACCAUGAAUCUGUGCCCUGCCAAUGGAGCAUAGUGGAGGAUGUGAAGCCUGUAAAGGUUGAUAAAUUCCUGCCACUCCAUCAGCUCAGCAAAUAUCUGCAGCAGCACCCGCCACCACCUGUGAUGUUUGAGAUGACUCCUUCUUCCGGUAUUCUCACCCCCGGCGAACGGGUCAAUGUGCAGGUCAAGUUCAGUCCCACUGAAGGGUGUCUUUACAAGAGGCAUUUGAUAAUAACUGUAAAUGAGGGCACCCAGCCGGUGAUCAUCACAGCCCUGGGACAGGGUGAAGACCCAGAACUGGUCUUUUGUCCACCAGAUUUGACUAUGGGGCCUUGUCUGCCAUUCAGUAUGGAGAUUGAAGCAGAGGUCAUCGUUAAAAACCCUUGCUCUUACCCCAUCGAGUUCUACUCACUCGAGUUUGACACACAGUACUUGAAGGAAGAAAAGAUCCUGAAUCUUUUGGAUGGAUAUGACGCAAACGAUGUACUGUUGUUGCCUCCAAGAUAUGCCGGAGAGAGUCUACCUGUAGAACUUAUGGACUUCUACAAGGAUCACUGCUCUCGGCUAAAAGAUAAAAACGUAACUGGAAUGAGUCUGCAAAAACGAAGAGGUGGCAAAAGGGGUGAAAGACGUAGAACUGAACUCAUCAUUUCAGAUAUAAUGAAAGCAGAAGCUACUGGGAGUCUAGGAACACUUGAGAUAAACCCUUUGUCCAGUGCAAUUGCCCGCUACAUGGGUGUUGACCUGUCACCUAAUGGUCUAGCUGCUCUGAACUGCAGAGGCAUUGCUAUCAUUAUAUAUGGAGCCCCAUUAACAGAUCAAAGCAGCAUAGCGACUGCUCUGGCCAAUCACUAUGGAGGGGCUUGUCUAAGUAUGGAUGCGAUGCUUGCUGACUCACUGAUGCAUGGGACUUCCCUCGUUAGCUUGGCUGGAAGACAGCUGUUUAACCGUGCUGCUGAGGAGCACGCUCAGAGGAUGGAAGAGGCUGCUCAUAUAUCUGCAAACAUCGGCUCAAAGCCAGAUUCCCCCGUUGAAAACAUAGAUCCAAACUCAGUUCCCACUGAAACUCCUUCAAAACAUGCUGAAAGCUGCAGCAGUGACAUGAAAGUUCCAAAUGAAAAAGGGAGCACAUCCAGCAGCCAGGCAAUAGAUAAGGCCACACUCAGCAAUCUCUUGCCUGAGCAGAUCCUGGUUGAAAUUCUAACAGAGAGGUUUCAGUUUGAUGACUGCUAUUGUGGCAUCAUAAUUCAUGGUCUUGAUUCAGUCUACACCACGUCUGUGACAUACUCUCUUCAAGUUGUUCUCAAGGCCCUUAAGAACCGUAAACAUAUUUAUGUGAUGAACUUAGUUGACACAUACAGUGCCCUGAAAGCUCGGAAAAAGGCACAAAAAAAAGCUGAAGAUGCCAUGCUGAAGGAAAAAGCACUACUGGAGGAGGAGUGGCUGCAGAACAUGGAUGAAGAGGAAUACGAAGCUCUGCCAGAGGAAGAGAAGGAGCGUAUUAUUGAACAACAGAAACAAAAGAAACUCAAAGUUCUUGAGCGAAUCAGGAAAAUGCAGAAGGACAAAAAGCAACAGGAUGAAAUGAAGAAACUCCGACUCGAUGAGUUAAAAAAGAAGAGUAAAAAGGGUGCAGUUAAGGAAGGCAAACAAGCGUCAAGGAAGAAGGGUUCCGUGGAGAGUAAGCAGCCAUCUAGUGCAAUGGCCGCUCCACGAAUGCCAUCUUCAAAAGAAUCCCUAGUGGACAAGAAAGAUCAAUCUUCAAAUGAUGCAAAGCAAGGCAAAGAAGAAAAGAGUAAAGAAGACACCAUAGGAGACACGCAGUCUGAUCCAGCAUCAGAAAUGCCUACAGUAGAUAAACUGCACGGUAUGUUCAAUGCAUAUGAAAAGUGCCAGACCCAAGUGGAGCACAUUCUCCAUCACUGGGACCGUGAGAAGGGCUUGUUGCGGGUCCCACUACCUGGUCAGGAGCCUCCGCAAUCCCAAGAGGACCACCCAGCAGAGAAGCAGGCCCCUGCAGCAAGGAAGAGCAAAAAAUCCACCAGCAAGAUCCCGUCCCCAAGCAAUCAGAUGGAGCCAGCCAAAUCAGAAAAGGCAGCAGAGAAACCAGCCAUUAUCCCUCACAUUGUUCUUAAACUGGCAGGCAAAGACUAUCCAGAUGUAUUGGAAUUGCUCCGAAGAAAAUACCUGCCUCCACUACAUGAGGUACUUGAUGAGCUUGGUUUGGGAACGGGCACACUUUCUAUCCCUCCACCUAUUAUCUUCUCAGUGGUCCAUCUACCCAAAAAUAGGGAGCGGAAUAAAAGACAACUGAACUCUAACUGUUUUACCUUUCUGAGUCGUUCUGCCGGAGAUGAUCGAGAUGAGAGAAAAGAGGAAGAUGAUGAAGAUGUACAAUCGAUCAAGACACCAAAAGGUCGCAGAGCAAGUGCAAAGCUUAUGAAGGAAAAAGAUAAGAAGGGCAGAGAGAGUCAGAAGAGUGUAAAAAGACCUGCUGCCCUUCCAAAAGCCAAAGGUUUGGAGCAAACUUUAACUUCGGCACUUGCGUCUUCCACAACUGAUCUCGCGGAACAAGAUCCCCACCAUGCAAGUGUGGAGCAGAAACGCAACCAGAGCCUCACAGCAUUUCGCUGGGUUGUACCAGCGAAUGGACAAGUGGUGUUGAAGAUAUGGUUUUACUCCGGCUCCCCUGGGAAAUUUGAGCAGACCUUCAACUUUGAGCUACUCGGGACUCACAAAGUAUAUCAACUCCUCUGCAAAGGAAUUUGCACAUUUCCCUCCUUCUGCAAAGACUACAAGGUUCUUUUUCCCUAUUGUCGAGAUGUGCCAAAAUUCACCCAGGGGAUCAAGAGGACAUAUGUUGUGAAUCCUGGAUUCUAUGAGUUUGGACCAUUACUCUGCAGCAAGACCAGAGACAGAUACAAGGACAACCGGUAUCCAGAAAACACAGAGAGAAUGGUGAUCAAGAAUAAUUCCGGACUCGAGGCCGAGAUUCAGUUCCAUUUCCAAAAUGACACACAGGCCAUCACAUACAUGUUAGAUCCUCCCAGCAUGACUCUACAACCUGACCAGGAGCAGGAGUUGACGGUCUGGGCUUACCCAACAACUCCGGGAGAAAUCAAAGACAAUAUUGUGUGCUGUAUCAAGGAUAAUCCAGAGCUUUUCACCAUCGCUCUCUCCUGCUUGGGAGUGAGACCAGAGCUGGAGCUCGAAAGCAAGCGUAUGCAUUUCAACAGGGUUUUACUUCACAGGCAGGAGAGUCGAAGCGUGAAGCUCCACAACAGGACUCCUCUGCCAAUAUCUUGGAGGCUUCAUGGCUUAGAGGAACUCGGCGAUGAGUUCAGUGUAUCUCAGGACCACAGUGUCGUUUUACCCAACACUUCCCUUCUCUUGACAAUGCACUUUUUGGCCAAAAAGCCCUUGAAUAUUAAAAAGCAAUUACGCCUUGAGGUUUCGGAUGCAGAAAAUAUUUUGGGCGUCUUAUACACUGACAAAAUACAGGUUUCUGCAGAGGGCUUUGAUAUAGCCAUGGACAUCACGCCAGAUGGCUGUCUGGAUUUUGGAACUAUAAAAGUCUUUGAAGAGGUAGAACGUACCAUCAAACUGAAAAACCAAGGAAAAUAUGAAUUUGUAUACAAGAUUUUAGUUGGAGACAAAAAUCCCAACCUAAUCUCAGCCUUCACGAUGUCCCCUGCAACUGGUACCUUAAUUCCUCGAAAAAAGUACACAUCGAUUCAGAUUGUCUGCAAACCCAAGAAGGAAGUCUCCGUCACAGACAAGCCUGUCCUCUCCUGUCAGGUGAUUGAACCAAGCAUUGGGGAUGGAGGACAUAUCGUAGCCAUUUUGCCCAUCAAUGUUACAGUCCAGUCCGUCUUUUCCAGGUACACAAUCUCACCUUCAUGCGACAUCAAUUUUGGUCCUCUUGUUUAUGGCUCCAAGAAAAGUCAGACCUUCAUUCUUGAGAACAGUGGAAUAUUUGAGACCCAUUACACCAUCUCCUGUGUGGGCAUCGGCAUUUGCCCUCGAGCAAGGCAGGGUGGUAAGAAAGCCACUCGAGAGAGCACUUCAGAGAAGUCUCAUACACCCGGGACCAAAAUGAAGAGCGAGUCCUUCCAGAAAGACUCAAAUGUCUCACAGAAUCGACUCAGCACAGGUGUAUUCGCGGUGUUCCCUUGCACGGGAACAAUGCAACCAAGGACCCGGCAGGCAGUGACGGUUGAAUGUAUCGCUGAACAGCUUGGCAGCUGGAGCCAGAAUUUGCUUAUCGACAUCAGUGGCCGUGACCCCUCGGACCACCCUGAAGGCAUACCAUACAAACUGAUAGCUGAAAUUUGUAGGCCAGGCAUCGUGUUGGACAUGGCCUCUAUCUUUGAGGAGCACCAUAUAUGUCAAAGCAUCAGUCAGUUAACAUCGGAACCAUUUUUCAGUGCUGAACAAGUUUUUAUCCUGGAUGACAACAAGCUAAUUUUCAACAAAAUUCUCGUGGGGCGAACUUCUCAGGCUCGCUUAAAACUCACCAACAACAGCAAGGUGCCAUACACACUCAACUUGGGCAUCAGAUAUGUUGGCAUUAAGAUGUCCGGCAAUGUCGAUGUUUUUGAAUUGUCUUCUCCAACACUGUGGGUACCAGGCCAAUCCCAAGCAUUCACAUCUUUGAGCUUCACGCCACACACGAUGCAUCUCUACAACGCUGUGUUUGAGGCGACGUUUGAUAAAAGCAGCAGAAUAACAACAAACCUAAAGAGCAAGGUCCUGGAGUUUGACAUAAUUGGUGAAGGCUGUCUGCCGGUUGUGUCUGUGAUACGUCCGGCCAGUAAAUCAAAUCCAGUCUUACGGUUCAGACGGACAUUGGUAGGGCGUACUAAUACGCUACCCUUGGUGCUGUUAAAUGAUGGCAAUGUGCCAGCUCAGGUCCAGAUUGACAUGACGGAUAAACACAAUGUGUUAACACUCAGAGCUGUUCCUGAAAACAAAUGUGGCACCAUCAACUUCUCUCAAUUUGAGGACACCCUUGACUCUGCACGUCGGUUAGUCCACAGAGCCUGCCUGAAACUUGAUGUAAAUGAGGAGGUUGAAUUUGAGGUCACUUUCUCCUCAACCAAACCUCUGAGGGUGGAGGACAAGAUUUCAGUGCAAGUAAAGGGCAGCCUUUACAGCAAUGCUACAAUACAAGUGACUGGAGAAGCUUACCAGCAACUCGUCAGUCUUGACAACCUCAGAAAGCCGCCAAGAGAAAUGAAUCCAAACUAUGAGGAGGAAGAUUAUUCCGACUUGCUCAGUUUUGGUCACUGCCAUGUAGCUUCUCCAGUCAGAGAGACUUUCACUUUGAUGAAUCACAGCAGCAGCAACAAGGUGGUCAGAUUUGAGUGGCCCUCAGAGGACUCAUAUCUCACCUUUUCACCACAGGUUGGUCACCUCCAUGCAGGCUGCUCUAAGGAAAUGACAGUCAUCUUCUGCGCCAAAGGACGAGUGACACUAACAAAACAGCAAAUUACAUGCAAGAUUUGUCAGGUGACAUUCCAGCUGCCAUUGGAUCAGGUUCCUGAUUGGGAUGACCAAAAGAAGACCGUACAGGGUUCAUGGACACAGCCACAGCAAACUGGAAAGAAUAAGAAACAAAAUUCUGAGCCAGGUUGUUCCGUGGUCAAAGGCUCAGAUUGGGAUUUGCAUUUACGUGUCAGUGCAGUUUGCGACUUUGUGAAGUUUAGCUGCAACACAACAAAUAUCCGAUAUAAAGACACCUUGGCUUACCAAAGCAGCACCCACCAAGUGCAGAUAGUUAAUGAGGGUGCUGUGAGACUGGAGUUUUCUUGGCAAGUCUUGAUAGAUUCAAGCAGCUGUCCAAUGAGCCAAGAAGGUGGCAUGUCAUCAAGGACCGUGACUGAGGAACGGCCUCCCAGCACUCUGACCACUGAGAGGUCUCUUCUGAUGGGAAGCCCCCAUAUGCAUUAUUUUACUGUGGAGCCAAGUAUUGGGGCCAUUUUGCCCGGUACUGUCCAAAUUUUCAGUGUUUGCUUUUCACCUUUGGAAGCAGGCCAGUUCCAAGGGAGAUUGCACUGCAGUAUCCCUAAUUUACGUGCUGGGGCUCAGGGGCCAACGAUCUCGUUUUGUGGGCGCAGCAUAUUGCCCCAUUGCCACUUUGACCUUGAAGACUCUGACUAUAUCAGCGGGAGCCGACGCAAUCCUGAGUUCAGGACUUAUUUGGAACCUAACAUCAGAGUGAUAGAAUGUAAAACUCUUGGCCUCUUCACCCCAGCAAAAAGAUCUUUUACUGUGUUGAACCCAACCAAUGUAGCAUACUCAUUCCAUUGGAAGUGUGAAGACACCGGUAACAGUCCAUUUAGCUGCCUCACACCAUAUGGCUGCAUUCUGCCUGGAGGGAAGUCAGAGAUGUGCUUUAAAUAUGUAGCCGAACAGGUUAAUGAUGUUGAGUCAUUCUGGAGCUUUGUGAUUGAGACACUGUCUCUAUCCAUGCCCUUCCUUUGUGUGGGCUCCAUGAGAGAACCUCUCGUCUACUUUGAAAUACCUCACAUCGACUUUGGCGAACAACUUAUUGGUAAUAAAGUGUCAGAAACAGUGAAUAUAGUGAAUAGAGAAAAGGAACCGUUUCACUUCACUGUUUUGCAGCCAUCAUUACUCUGCGACGAUCAGGAGUCCAACCUCAUUUUGCAGCCAAUGUCUGGCACGGUGCCGGCCAACGACAGGUUUCCCUUGUCGGUGUCCUUCAGUCCUUGCCGACAGGGAUACGUGAGCUUCAGAAUAACCCUGAGGGUGAAGAGAAAGUCCCAGUUCCUCAUUCUCACUUGCAAGGCACAUUGUUUUAAAAUGACUGCCUCUGUUCAAGUGGAAAAUCCAGAUGGCGGCCUCAGAGAGCUGAGUCCUGACAUUUUAGAUACUUUAGACUUUGGAAAGGUGGGGAUUUCCGAGCAAGCCACCUUCAAUAUCCUUGUGACCAAUACAGGGAGACAAAACAUGGAUGUGAACUUUGAACUGGAAGGGCCAAGUGAGCUGCUUCAAUACCUACUAACGAAACCCAAAAAAUCCACCAUCGCUAUUGGGCAGAAGCUGCAGUCUGCAAUCUUCUUUUCUCCCCGGAGCAGUUGUACCCUCACAGAUAUCAGACUGAUUAUCAGGGUGAAUAAAGGCCCAUUGUUUACCAUCGCUAUUGAAGGCAGAGGUGUGUCACCCGAACUUGAAUUCUCUUUCACAAAGUACAACUUUGGCAAGAACUUUGUGUAUUGUCCUGGCAUGGUGCCAGCAUCCCACACCCUUGUGUUAAAAAAUAAAGGGAACAGGGACAUCAGCGUCAAGUGUCAAUCGAAAAAGUGCUCGUUCCUGGAAAUUGGAUUCAAACCAGAUGUUUUGUGCCCUGGCGCAGUGGUGGAGGUUCCCAUCACCUUUUACCCCCGUGAGCCACGACGUUACCACGAAAGCGUCAUCUUCUUAAUAAACAGCUGCAUUAAAGAACAGGUGGACAUUUGGGGACAAGGAAUUGAAUUGAAGUUGGGGGUGUUGGCGCCCAAGCACCAGAAGGUGAAACUUGGAAAUCUGACACCCGGUCAGAAAGUUGUAAAACGGGUGCAGCUAGUCAACCGAAGUAUUUUGGACAUUUCCUUCACCUUGCAGCUAGACACAAAAAAGCCACGUCUCGAUACCAAGGAUUUAUCAAUCAGCCCGGAAGCCGAGCUGUACCUCAAAUGUCUUCAAGGUUCAUGUAAUGUCGAGAUUUUGUUCACACCCCACCAGCGUAUUUCUCCCUUUACUGCUGAGCUCAAUGCUGAGAUUGACAGCUAUUUACAUCCCCUGCUGAGCAUCCAGGGAUGCUGCCAGGGUGUAGAGGUGCGUCUCGAACAGGACCACCUCGGGUUCGGAGCAGUUGUCCAGCAUUGCCAAGGCAAAAAGAAAGUUGUCAUAAUCAACACAGGAGAACUUUGUGCCCGGUUUCAGUGGAAAACUGAAGACUUUCCUCCAGAGUUGUCCGUCCACCCAAGUAAAGGCUCGAUCCAGCCAGGAACGGAGGUUCCUCUGGAAUUUACAUUUGCCCCCGUUCGCUUGAAUAAUGACUCAAGAUACGAAAACUUAACUUGCUGCAUAGAAGGCACAGCUUCACCCAUCACUCUCACUGUGACGGGCUCCUGCAUUACAGCCGCCUCCAACAAAGAGGUCAUAAAUUUUUCUUGCCCAGUGCGUGGUUCACACACCCAGACGCUGUCUGUGGUCAACCCAACAAACCAGUGUUGCAGCAUACGACCUGUCAUCAAUGGCAAGCACUGGAGAGCUGCACCGUCUGUGGUUCUUGAGCCUCUCCAAAGCAACUCCUAUGUGGUCACCUACAGACCGCUGACCAUGACUGUUGAUGGAAAGAAACAUUUGGGGUCUGUUUUUUUCUCAUUCCCCAAUGGAGCUGGCAUGCUGUAUUCGCUGCAAGGAACUACUGAAGCUCCGAAAGCAGAGAGCACGAUUGUACAUGAACUACCGGCCAAGACCCAUCACACACAGAUACUCCCUGUGACUAACUGGCUCUCAAAGCAGAAACGGUUCCUUGUCAUAAUAGAGUUUCUAAGUCCUGAAAAUCCAGAUACUACGGUGUCUCUGAAGGGUCGUGAGUACAUUGAUGUUCCGGCUUUGUCUAAGAAGGACUACAAGAUUCAUUUUUACACAUUCAGAGAGGGCCAGUACAAUGCCAAGGUGACAUUUCUGAAUGAGGCAUCGGGGGAGUACUUGUUCUACAUCAUUAACUUCAAGGUUACCAGCCCGGUAGAUUUGUCUGUAGUCGAAUUGGUGUCAAAUGUCCGCGAGAAGACUUCAGCCACCAUAGAAGUGGAGAACCCCCUGACCACACCUAUCUGCCUCACAGUUGACUGUAAAUGCCCUGACAUCAGUGCCCCAAGUCUGCACACUGUUCCAGGAAUGUCAAAGGGUGCUCUCACCUUCGACUACCAGCCUCUCCGUGUCGGCGAGACGACCUCCCGGCUGUCUCUGUUUUGUAGCGAUCUUGGUUACUUUCACUACGGCCUUCUUCUCCGAGCGCUGCCUCAACCACCAGAGAAGACGAUUCAAUUCAGCGCGUCUCUGGGGAGCAGCCACAGUGUUGCUGUUAAGUUCCUCAACUUCUCCCACUUCAAAACAGAAUAUGCUUGCAAGACUGACUGCCCAGCGUUCCUUGUGAACAAGACUGUGGCUGCAUUGCCAGGUAACCAGACAGGAUCUCAAGUCAGUGUGGAGGUUUGUUUUGAGCCUUAUCAUCUUGGAGAAGUGAAAGGCCAGCUUCACCUGUCUUCUGGAAUCGGGGGUGAAUAUGUCUUUCUAUUACAUGGGGUUGGCCUCCCUUCCAAAACACAAGGCCCGUUCAACAUUCGGAAUGGCCGUAGCAUCUCUAUCCCCUUCAAAAAUGUGUUCCUGCAGACCACAGUAUUUUCUUUUCAGGUGGACAACCCCUGUUUUACAGUCAAAGCAGCAGACACCUUCCUCUCGAAAAAAACACAACCCAUCCAGGUGUACUUUGUGGCCCCAGAAGGAGGGUCGCCAGGGCCAUGUAUUGGCAAAUUGACCAUCACCAACCAAGCCACAGAGGCGCAAAGUAUCUGCUCAUGGAUUUAUUACUUGAGAGGGAACCUGCUGGAGUCAUCCUAGUCCCAACAAAGAUGGAGUACGCAGAACCACAAAUAAUACUUGUUCAAAAUGUUGUGAUUUGCUGUUAAAAAAAACAGUUUGUUGUCACAUGUAUAAAAAAAUGAUAAACAAGCCCAUGUCCUCCCAAAAUAAAUCCAACAAUACU